ACGAAGUAGGAGAAGUACUUCCCCCGCAUCUCUUAUUGAGGAAGUUGAACGGUUACUAGGCCAAAGACCAUCUAGCCGAUGCAAUCAAAGAAGCCAAACACGUUCAGAAUCUCCAGCUCGUAAUCCAUCUCAGGCUCCAUCUUUACCUCGUAACGAAGAUGGUGAUACAGGAAAUCUGACUGGAGGGAGAAAUAACACAAUGACUUCACUUAUCCAACCACCAUCUUAUGAAGCUUCUACUGGAAAUCAACAAUCAUCGAAUAGUGCGAAGGUGAUAUAA